GUAAAAUCGGGCCUUUGUCACUGACAGAGGGGUGGUUGGAGGUACCAGAACAAUAAUUGGUCAGUAGCAACUUUAAAAAGCAGACCUGAGUGGAGUGUGGGAAGAGCUUGUUGAAGAUCCAUAAUGAAGACUCUUUGGGUUGCUGUUGUGCUGAGUUUUGUCUCAGUGGGUCAGCCUGCACCUCUGACCUGUGAUAAACUGGCAAAGCCAGUCGAGAAACGUCCAGAUUUGCCUGGGAGGUGGCACUACAUAGCUGUAUCAACAGAGGUCUGCUUGCCAGCAUUGCUAAUUAACAACAUGUUUUGGCCAAGUCUUGCUGUAGACGUUACUUAUAAGGGCACGCCACACCACUAUGCUGCUACGGUUAAGGCUAAAAUGCAUGGCUUCUGCAUGAAUGAAACAGAAGAUUUUUUUCAAAACAACAACAAACUCUUUGAAGUCAACAGUGAAAAUUCUCCAGUUGGUGAGCCAGAUGUCCUGCUGCAAACCAGCUGCUCUGACUGCAUCGUCUUAAAGUCCAACGAUACUUUGAGCACUGUUUCAUUACUCAGUAGAAGAACAAACGUCACUGAAGAGGAACUGAAGGAAUUUGAGAUGCAGGUCCAGUGUCUUGACUUUUCCAAACCACAGGUCUUAAAUGCAGACCAAGACUAUGAGAACUGCCAAGUUAUUGGCGAUAUCACUGAAGAUCAGUCUGGCACCUUCUUGCUUCGAGUGUUUGAACGAGUGAGAAGUACUCACCAAAGCAUACUCAAGUGUUUGGUUGAUAUGUUACUUUCUUAGAUUCCUGUUACAAUUACUUAGAGAAAAGCAUUUCUAUGCACAUUAAGUGGCUGCAGACGAUGACUUCAACUACAACUUUUAUUUAAAUGUUUCCAGUUUGAAUGCAAAUAAAAGAAAAUGGCAACAUCUUGCUUUAGAAA